GGAUAUAUUACGCGGGGCACCUUGGCGAGAGCCGGGUACGGCUCAAUGUUACGGUGGGCUUAGUGCUCCGGGAAGGGGUGUAGUGUUUCAGAGGAGGCAAGAAAGGAGACACGAGGGAAUCUGCAGCUCAAGGGGACAAACUAAACGACACGAUCAAUCAUGCCUGCUCAAAACAAAGACGACGGAGGAUGGAAGAAGUUUUUAUGGAAUUCGGAGACGAAGGAAUUUCUUGGGCGCACCGGUGGGAGUUGGUCAAAAAUCCUCCUGUUCUAUCUCAUCUUUUAUGGCUUCCUGGCUGGGAUCUUCAUUGGCACCAUCCAGGUUCUCCUCCUCACCCUGAGCGACUUAAAACCCACCUGGCAGGAUAGAGUAGCUCCUCCAGGACUCAGUCACCACCCACGCUUGGACAAGGCAGAGCUGAUGUUCUCCCCAGAUAGUAUCGAAACGUACCUGGAAUACACCAAAGCCAUGAGAGAAUUUCUUUCACAGUAUUACGUGGAGAAACAGGACGAUGCAAUGCAGUUUGAAGACUGUGGAGAUCAACCUCAGGAUUACAAGAACAGAGGUGAUUUAGAGAGUGAUAUUGGUGUGAGGAAAGCCUGUCGGUUCUCGAGAGCUUGGCUUGGGCCCUGCUCUGGUAUAGAUGACCGUCAUUUUGGAUUUGGUAUAGGGAAGCCCUGCGUGAUUGUUAAGCUCAACAGGAUUGUGAACUUCAGACCCAGGCCACCGACUUCCAAUGAAACCAUUCCAGAAGAGGCACAGCACAAAGUCCAGCCCAAUGUGAUUCCUAUGCACUGCACAAACAAGAAAGAAGAAGAUGCAGGUAAGCUCGGCGAGGUGAAGUACUACGGCAUCGGAGAAGGCUUCCCGCUUCAGUAUUACCCCUACUACGGGAAAAAGCUGCACGGCCAUUAUCUGCAGCCACUGGUGGCCAUCCAGUUCGUAAACAUAACCCUAAACACGGAGAUCCGCUUCGAGUGCAAAGUGUUCGGGGAAAACAUUUACUACAACGACAAGGAUCGCUACCAAGGACGAUUCGAUGUUAAAAUCGCUUUCAAGUCAUGACCUCUGAACUAGAGUACCUCCGCUCUCUCCCUAUUUAAAAGGCGAACUAAGGCCCCAUUUCUGACCUGAGAUACGAAGGCAACAGAGGUACGCGUCUCACCGGUCUUCCUCAGCGUUUAACGGGGGGAUUUGGUUUUUGAAUGUACAAGUGUCUCAUGUCAGAAAGUGGCCUCAUUCUAGUUUAGGAGAGAUUUUAAAAAAAGAGAAUAAUAAUGAUAAAAAAGCAUAUUUAAAAACGCUAGUCUAAAACAUACCAUCUUAUACACGUGGGACCUAACAUUGUCUGUACUCUUCACUUAGCUUUUUCCUCUACCAGUCUAAAGGUUAGAACGUAUACACCUGAAAGAUUAGCCAUAGCGUAGAAUAUUUAUUCUGCUACUGAACGAGAACUGUUCCAGA